AUGUCAAUAGAAUGCAACAGAUCCAGGAUAUUCUGCCCAAGUCUUUGCCCGAACUACCUAAAACCCGUGAUCUACCUUAUAAGAAGGCUGCUGAGAAGCAGGGUUUCGGUCGCCUGCACUGAUCCGAGAAUCAAAUUGAGAGGACUGUACCUCUGUCCAGCAAUCACAACUUGUCUACAAAGCCACGAACAGUCAAGCGCGGAGUUGACUCAAUGUUGCAAGUUGCACCCAAGAGAGCUAAAAAGUCGUCUACUUGAGCAAAAAGUCAUUCAGUUGCGUGAAUUGCCGAUCCGGGAGUUGGUGAUAGCUCUGCUCAUGUUAAAGCCACGGAGGCGUCUAAGCAUGAAAUUGCUGCUAAUGCAUACAAGUUGGGAUACUUGGACUGCAAGAACGGUGUUUCUCCUUGUUGCCCUCUCAAACAUGAGGAUGGUGAGCAGCUCUAUCUUGACUUGCCGCUCAAAGUGA